AUGUCUGGAAAGUUGGACAAGUCUCUCGACGAGAUCCUCGUCAACCGCCGUCAGGGCGCUCGUCGCCGCAAUCGUCGUUCAACCCAGUCUAAGGCUGCCCCGGCCGCUGUUGGAGGAGUCAAGAAGAGCACGAAGGCUGUGAAGCCAGCUGGCAAGGUUGCCCAAGCUGGACACCCUAUGUCAACGGAAAGCAAAAUCAUGGUCAGCGGUUUGCCUUCCGAUGUGAAUGAGGCCAAUAUCAAGGAAUACUUCUCUAAAUCUGCAGGACCCGUCAAGCGAGUCAUGCUCACUUACAACCAAAAUGGCACUAGCCGCGGCAUCGCCUCCAUCGUCUUUAGCAAACCCGACACGGCUGCCAAAGCUGCCAAGGAUCUGAACGGACUGCUUGUUGAUGGACGUCCCAUGAAGAUUGAGGUUGUCGUUGAUGCCAACCAUGCUCCCGAAGUCCCCGCUGCCAAGCCCCUUGGUGACCGUGUCGCACAAACCAAGUCCCAACCCAAGCCAGCCACUGCCAGCAAGGCUGCCGACAGCAGUCGUGGACGUGCCCGUCGUGGUGGCCGCCGCGCACCCAAGUCGAACCGCCCCAAGCCCAAGACUGUGGAGGAGCUUGAUGCUGAGAUGGUGGACUAUUUCUCCAACGAAAACACUGGUCCUGCUGAGGGCAACGCUCCUGCGAACGCGCCCGCUCCGCAGCCCGCCAACGGCGGCGAGGAUCUUGGAAUGGCUGAGAUUUCUGUAAGUUGCACUGGUCUGGGGGGUAUGACGGAAGACUAG